AAAUAUGUCUGAUUUGACAGAUGAUAAUGAGGAGUCAAACCAGCAGCAGUAACGUGGACAGUCUGCUGAGACGAUCUCAGAUGGAGUUACAGUGGAUACGAAGACAGCUGGCUAUGAUCCAUUCCAGAAGCAUCCAGCCCCACCAUCACCUGUACUCCAAGGGCAAGUCUAAACAUGACGUUUCAUCUCAGCAAGCUGCAGGACACUCAACAGCCUACAAUGUAGACCGCUUCCGACUGCUGGAGGAGAAAAACCGAGCUUUGAAACAUGAAGUAGCCACUCUACGUCAAGAAAAACAACACUGUAGGAAACUGAAAGGAAAGCUCCAUGUGGCCUUGCAGGAGAAAAACCGUCUGAACCUCGAGCUGGUUGACCACCACCUGAAGUCAUCCAAGUAUGAUCAGGUGCAAUGUGACUACGAGCAGCUGAGACAAACCUUUGCUGUAGUGAGCCGGGAGCGAGACGUGGCCCAGCAGCAGAGGAAACACCUCCAGCUCAAAGUAGAUAACUUGGAACAGCUUCUGAAGCAUAUGCAUGAAGCUCUAGAGCUCAAACAGCAGCUGCAGACAGAGCAUGAGCAAGCCUUGGCGGCCCUGCAGAACAAGCAGAGGGAGAUCAAUCAGCUGCAAAAGGCCUGGCUUCAAACUGACCAACAGCAUGAGGAAGCAGUGCACUUGUUAGAGAACAAUAAGGACAAAAUGUUUCAGGUCAAGCUUCGCAACCUGGAGCAGAAAUGCAGGUCACACAGUGAACAUUUCCACCAGCUGUCCAAAGACCUGCUGAGCUUCCGUUUGCAUUCAGAGCCCGUGGAGAUCCUCGUACAAAACCGGUCCACCCCAUCAUCCUGGAUCAUUUUCUCCCCAGAGGAGAAACUCUCAGAGGUCAUCGUUGAAUUUGAAGUUCAGUCCAAGACAGGUGAUGAGAAUGCUGCAAACACUCUGCCACUGAUCUCCCAGUUUUUGCCCCACCCUGCGCAGACUGGAGACAGAGAGCCAUCAGAACCGCUAUCUGUCAAACCCAGCACCGUGACAAUGGACCGCUCCGGCAGCCCUCGAAAGCCUUCUCCAUCAGAGAUGGAGGAUGAGACCAGCCCAUCACCCAGGUCCAAACCUCGCUACACAGGCCAGGUUCACCUUUGCACUGCUCGUUACAGUUACAACCCUUACGAUGGACCUAAUGAGCAUCCUGAAGCAGAGCUUCCUCUUGUGGCUGGAAAGUAUCUGUACGUGUACGGAGACAUGGAUGAUGAUGGCUUCUAUGAAGGGGAGCUUCUGGAUGGCCAGAGAGGACUUGUUCCUUCCAACUUUGUGGAAUUUGUCCAGGACAAGGAAAAAACAAUUGGGGAGGGUGGGGAAGACUUGGGCCCUUUGAACCACACAACCCUGGCCUUGAUGACAGUAGAUGGAGGUGCCUCCCAGGAUAGCCUCCUAGGCUCAUCUAGCGCCCUGGUUCCAUGUAGCAAUGGAACAGGGGGUCCCUUGGACCCUGAAGAUCUAGCUGAAGAUGUUGUGCCUUACCCCCGUAAGAUCACCCAGAUCAAGCAGCUGGCACGGAGUGUGAUUGUGGCAUGGGAGCCUCCAGUAGUGCCUUUGGGCUGGGGGAACAUCUCUGGCUACAACGUGUUAGUGGACGGGGAGCUUCGGGCCAGUAUACCAUAUGGCGGCCGGACCAAGUGCUUGCUGGAGAAGCUGGACCUGGACGGCUGCAUCUUCCGGGUGUCGGUGCAGAGCGUCACCGAUCGGGGCUUAUCGGAUGAGCUGCGCUGCACCUUGUUGGUGGGGGCCAACGUGGUGGUGGCACCAUGCGGUCUACGGGUGGACGACAUCCAGCGUGACACUGCCGAGCUCUCCUGGUUGCCUAGCAACAGCAACUACAGUCACACCGUUUAUUUAGAUGGGGCAGAGCAUGCAGUGGUGAAGCCAGGAAGGUACAGACUACGCUUCAUCAACCUGAAGCCUCUGACGGUGUAUAAAGUGACGGUGGCGGCACAGCCUCACCAGGUGCCCUGGCAGCUGCCUCUGGAGCAGAGAGAAAGAAAAGAGGCCGGGGUAGAGUUUUGCACUCAAGCUGCAGGCCCAACACCAUUUUGCAGAACAGGGCCACCCUUGCCUCCCCUCGAUGUUCAGGUGCUCUGCGGGCAGGCUCCAGGGGUCCUGCAGGUCCGCUGGAAGCCUCCCAUCCUCUCUCCCACAGGCACUUCUAAUGGGGCAAAUGUCAUUGGCUACGCAGUCUGCACUAAAGGAAAAAGGAUAGCUGAGGUCUUAUUCCCGAUGGCAGACUACGUCACUAUUGAUAUGACGAGGAUUCAAUGCCUGGAGGCCAGAGAAGUCAUCGUUCGGACACUUUCAGCCCAGGGAGAAUCCCAGGACUCCCAAGUCGCCGUCAUUCCAAACAACCUGCUUGUGCCUCUACCCCCGCUUCCCCUGCCAGCGCCAAUGCACCCCCACGCAGGGCCCCCUCCACACCCCCAACCUCACCUCCAGUCUCCUCACCUUCCGCAGCCUACACCCCAACUUCCUGCUCCACCCCAUCCUCAGCCACUCCCACCCCAUCCUCAACACCCUCAAGCCCAUCCAAGACUGCCCCAUCCAGGUAGACCUCCACACCCCCAACCUCAGUCCUUACAUCUUCAACCUCAUGCCCCCCACCAAGGUCCCAGGCCCCAGCACCGACUGCCUCUGCUGCCCCACCCCCAGCCCUACCCGAUACCUCAGAGACCAGUAAGUGCCAGAGACCUGGAAGCCAAAGAGCACACAGCUCACCACGGAAGAGCCAUCCCACCCGACCACUCGCCCUGGGACCCAACGCGAUCUCCGUCACAGCCUCCUGUGCCCAUGCCAGGCCACACUCUCCAGCCCCCUCCUCCUACCAAUCUUCGCUCACCCUCCCCUCAGAGGAUUCUUCCUCAGCCCCAGGGCACGCUCAUUCCAGACACUGUGGCCAAAGCUAUUGCUCGAGAAGCAGCACAAAGAGUGGCAGCAGAAAGUUUCAAGGGCGACAGAAGACAGGGCAGAUAUGGAGAGCAGGGUCAUUCAUUUCACCAGCAUCCCUCUGAUGAGGAAGAGGAGGAUGAGGAAGGGUUUGCACAUGGCCGUCGGAGAGGACCCUCGGUUGAUGAGUUUCUGAGAGGCUCAGAACUGGGGAGGCCGCCUCACUAUAGUCACAAUGAAGAGUAUCACAGCGAGAGCAGCCGGGGCUCUGACCUGUCUGACAUCAUGGAAGAGGAUGAGGAGGAGCUGUACUCUGAGAUGCAGCUGGAAGAGGGGGGACGGCGACGCAACUCGCACCACGCUCCCAAGACAAAUAGUCCUGCUGGAGGUCGCCAUGAUCGGGACGGUGGGAGACGAAUUCAUUCCCAUCUUAAGAGGCAACCUUUAAUGGUCCCCUCUAUUGAAGUAACCUCUGAGAAUAACAGUGAGGGGAACCUCUCCUCCGUGACCGAGGAAGUUAACUAUGGCAGAGUAGCUCGGCACAGGAAGUGGUCGUCCUGCAGGCACAUAGGCGGCACCAGGUCUCCCCAUGAUGGCUACAGGAAUCGGGACCGCCGUUCUCCCACUUACUAUGACGAGUCAGAACCCGAGGAGCACUUUCGGAUCUUUGUGGCCCUCUUCGAUUACGAUCCUCUGUCUAUGUCCCCCAAUCCUGACGCAGCCGAUGAGGAGCUUCCAUUCAAAGAGGGGCAAAUCAUUAAGGUGUACGGGGAUAAGGACUUAGAUGGCUUUUAUAGAGGAGAGGUGAAAGGCAGGAUGGGGUUGAUACCCUGUAACAUGGUGUCCGAGAUACGAGCAGACGACGAGGAGACCAUGGACCACCUCAUCAAACAGGGUUUUCUGCCACUCAGCACCCCCAUAGACAAAAUAGAGCAUAACCGAAGAGGUCUCCGUCGAGAUCAGGCGUCGAGGAGGAUGGUGGCACUGUACGACUACGACCCCAGAGAGAGCUCCCCUAAUGUUGAUGUUGAGGCUGAGCUGACGUUCUGUGCUGGUGACAUCGUCGCUGUGUUUGGAGACAUCGAUGAAGAUGGAUUUUAUUACGGUGAGCUCAACGGCCAUCGCGGUCUGGUCCCCUCUAACUUCCUGGAAGAAGUGCCUGAUGACGUGGAGGUGUAUCUGACCGACACCCCGUCCCACUACCCCCAGGAAGAGCCUGCCAACCGGCCCCCUGCCAACCCUGCAGCCGCCGUAUCAGAGGGAAAACGGGUUACCACAGAAACCACAGACACGGCCAAUAACAUCAGCUCACCUGUUCGGGCCCCAUCACCAAUCGUUCGCUCCCUGCUCCCAGGAACUAUGAGACCUCUCAGCCCGCCGAGGGGUCCACACCUCCCGCUGGACCCCAGGGACCCUCAUGAUCUCAAGAAGAAGAAAGGGAUACUUUCCAAAGGAAAGAAACUACUUAAGAGACUUUCCCCUGUUAAAUAA